AUAUUUUUGUAUAUUCCAUAUUCUAGGAAAUGACAUCAUAUUCGCUUUAACCAAUCAAAACAAUAUGGUACUUCGAAUCGAUUUAGAAGAUAUGGAAGGUGGUCAAAGAUAUGCAGAAUAUGAUGAAUUCUUGGUGCGAAGUGAAAGGGAACUGUAUAAAAUGAGUUAUAAAACGUACAAGGGUGACGCAGGGGACUCACUUUCAACCCACAAUAACAUGAUGUUUUCCACCAGGGACAGAGAUAAUGAUAAAUUGGAGAAGAACUGUGCCACGACUUACAAAGGUGGCUGGUGGUAUAAUACUUGUCAUCAUUCUAAUUUAAACGGUUUGUAUCUCGGGGGACCACAUGAAGAAUCCGCUGUUGGUAUUAAUUGGUAUCAUUGGAAAGGACAUAAAUAUUCUCUGAAGAAAAGUGAGAUGAAAAUACGACCAGUUGGAUUUGUUUCAAAGAAAGAACCAUAAAAAUGUCACACAGAGAUAUAUAGUUUAAUCGUUAUUCAGUAGUGUAAUAACGUUCAUUAUAUCUUUAUAGUUAUCAAUAUCAGAGAGUAAUCAGAAAUAUUUAAAGAAAGAUCUGUCGUAAAUCUAAUGACAAUUAUAAUAUUUUCAAAAUUCUAAGAAAUGUUUGUAUUAUAAUUUAUUUUAUAUUUUCUGUUGACGGCUUGUAUUAAUGUGUAUUUUUUUCUUUUCAAUAAAUAUAAUAAUUAAUUUCGAUACCAAAAA